AUGGCAGAUACAGCCGCGCCGUCGCAGCCUCUCUCAGAGCGCCCGGAGUGCAAGGCCUACGUUUCCUCUCCGAGUGGAUCGCGCCCAGCCAAGGAGACCACGUUCCGCGAGUGGGUGGUCGCCAACCAGAUUGGAAUCUCCUUGACCAUCCUGGCUAUGUUGCUGGCUCUUCAUAAUCUUUACCCAUCCCUCCGCCCAUAUACCCAGCCCUUUUUCCAACUGUCUUACUAUAACGAAUCCUCAGACUCCUAUGUCCAAGGUUGGGAUGAUAUCUACUUCGUGGCCAGUGCUGCAAUCGCGCUCACUGGAAUUCGCGCUAUUGCCAUUGAAUGGAUCAUACAGCCAUUGGCUCGCGCCUCCGGUCUGAAGCGCAAGAAGUCGAUUCGCAUUGCCGAGCAGGGUUGGCAAGCUAUGUACUAUGGGUUCAUCUGGGGAGUCGGACUGUAUCUUUGGAAGAACUCAUACUACUGGGGAGAUUUCUCCGCCAUGUGGUCGCAGUGGCCGGCCCGUCCUCUGUCCGGCUUGAUGAAGUGGUAUCUUCUCGUUGAGCUUGCAUUCCUCGUGCAACAGAUCUUUGUGAUCCACGUUGAGGAAAGACGGAAGGAUCACGUCCAGAUGCUUUCUCACCACAUUAUCACCACUGCUCUCUUGAGCUCCGCCUACAUCUACGCCAUGUACAACGUGUCUAAUGUUGUCCUGUGUCUCAUGGAUAUUGUGGACUUCUUGUUACCGUCUGCGAAGAUUCUCAAAUAUUCCAAGUUCGAGACAGCAUGCAAUGUCGCCUUCGGCCUCUUCAUGAGCACAUGGCUCAUUACUCGGCACAUCAUCUACCCCAUCGUGUGCUGGUCUGUUUAUCAAGAUCUUCCCCGUGAGCUUACCUACGGCUGCUAUGCUGGCACCACCGGCGAGUUCCUUUCCGCAGAGACCCCGAAUGCCUUUGCAUAUAUGCUUGGCCCAUACUUCAGUUUGGACAACCCAAUCUGCUUCAAUUCCACCCUCAAAUGGAUGUUCUUGUGCCUCCUACUGAUUAUCGAGGGUCUGUCCGUUGUAUGGUUCAGCAUGAUUGUUCGUGUUGCCUACGGUGUGAUUUGCGGUGGUAACGCCGAGGACUCCCGCAGUGACGAGGAAGACGAAACGGAAGAAGUAGAAGGCCAGACCGCAUCCCACGUCCCAGCGCGGUUGGCUGCGAAGGAUGGCGCCACUGCUGACCCAGCUGAAAUCGAGAAUGCCCCCGCCUUGCGUCGUCAGCGCUCCAACGGCGCUGCUUCAAUGCGCGCACGUGGUCGUGGUCGCGUUCCCUUCGACCCCAGUGAUCGGAAAGCCCUUUUGGGCCGCAUUGGAUGUGAAAAGCCCACUUAG